ACAUGUUAAUUCAGAAAUUCAAAUUUGAGGAAAGACGAAGAAUUAAAUUUAGGCUUCGAGAUCCAGAGUGUAGUCCUCUAGGCAAAGCCGAACAACACGACAAGCUUAGUUUGGUCAACGGCUGCUCAUCCAUUACACUUACAUUUACAAAUUAUAUAUACCGCCCUUUCUUCUCAUUAUUCAUAUUCACCAAAAACACACCCUUCAUUGCAAUGGCGGUCAAGGUCUACAUAGUUUACUAUUCCACAUACGGGCAUGUGGAGAGACUCGCGGAGGAGAUCAAGAAAGGAGCAGAAUCUGUGGAAGGAGUGGAGGCUAAACUGUGGCAGGUUCCAGAAACUCUUUCGGGCGAGAUUCUUGCAAAGAUGAGCGCCCCACCAAAGAGUGAUGUGGCAGUGAUCACCCCAGAUCAACUUCCUGAAGCUGAUGGCCUCAUAUUUGGUUUCCCAACUAGAUUUGGAAUGAUGGCUGCUCAAUUCAAGGCCUUCUUCGAUGCAACCGGAGGUUUGUGGAGGACUCAGGCGUUGGCUGGCAAACCUGCAGGCAUCUUUUACUGCACCGGAAGUCAAGGAAGCGGACAAGAAACUACAGCUUUGACAGCCAUUACUCAGCUCACUCAUCACGGCAUGAUUUUCGUCCCCAUUGGUUACACGUUUGGAGCUGGUAUGUUUGAGAUGGAGCAGGUUAAGGGCGGUAGCCCCUACGGUGCUGGAACCUUUGCUGGAGACGGCUCCAGACAGCCCUCGGAGCUUGAAUUGGGGCAGGCUUUCCACCAAGGAAAGUACAUCGCCACCAUCACAAAGAAGCUCAAAGCAUCUGCCUGAUUUCCUCAUCUCAUCAACUGUCAAAACUUGUUCUUCAUAAUUCUGUUUAUGCUAUAUCUACGUGGUCAUCGAAUCAGUGUCGUGUGGUUACGUAGUAUACUUCAUUAUUGUCAUGUUUAGUCAGAAAACAUGGAAUUCUUACUGUAUACUUCAUUGGUUGCACCAAUUGAUUGUUACAUUAUCCUUAUAUAUGUUGGAGAUCAUCUUAGAUUAAUAAAGUUUGUUUUAACCACA